UGUAUAGCACAUCAAAAAGUGAAGAUAAAGAGGCAGUGUAAGCAUUUGUUUUUGUUUCCCAAAUAAACUGCAAAAACAGCCAUUUUUGCCAAAGAAGCAGUUGAAGUGACAAAGGCCAUGGUGCUGAAUUCUUCGAUUCUCCUCUCCAACAUUUCUUUUCCUUAUACUCUUUCAGCUUGUCAGCCAGCUCAAGCUUUUCACAGACAGAAGUCCACGUUCCAGUGCUGCUCAGCUGUCACAUUACAAGAUAAAAGGGUUUGGGAACAGAAAGUAAAUAUAUUGCACUAUGAGGACAAUAUGAAGCGCAGAUCUCUCUUGUUUUUUCUGAUUACAUCCGGCAUAUCUCCCGCUCUCCCAGCUUCUGGGAAAACAAAGAGCAAAAACCCGUAUGAUGAAAGACGCUUACUAGAGCAAAACAAACGGAUCCAAAGAGAAAAUAAUGCCCCUGAAGAGUUCCCCAGUUUCAUCAGAGAAGGUUUUGAAGUUAAAGUAGUUACGUCUGAUAACUACAUAAAGCGUGACUCAGGUCUUAUAUUGUGGGAUAUUGUUGUUGGUGAAGGUGAUUGCCCGAAGGAUGGCCAACAGGUGACUUUCCACUAUAUUGGUUAUAACGAGUCUGGACGUCGUAUAGACAGUACAUACCUUCAAAAUGCUCCUGCAAAGAUUCGGAUGGGCACCAACGCAUUGGUCCCAGGUUUUGAGGAAGGAAUUAGAGACAUGAGACCUGGCGGGAGAAGGAGGAUUAUCAUACCUCCAGAACUAGGACCACCGGUUGGGCCUUCAACGUUUUUUAGCUCAAAACAGUUUGAAGUAUUUGACGUGGAAUUGCUAGGCAUUCAAGACUGCAAACGGAGGACAAUAGCAGGCUUCUACUCUGAUGUUGUCUGCAAUUAAGCCCCUUCUGUGAAUAUUUUAGUCACAUCUUGUAUCAUUAUUAUCAGAAGAAGAGACUUGUUUUUUUUUAUUUUUCCCUUUCAUUCUUUUACGGCAAAUAGAAAAAUGGAAGAUAGAAAAGACUGUAGUGUAGAGAUCACAAGGUAGUUCCGAAUCAGUAACUUUUUCACUGAAAGUAACAGGAGACUAUCCUACUGUCUCGAUUAAAAGGUUAAUGUUUGCUGAGAAAUCUUGUAUUUGUUGUAUCUAUAAAGCAAAACAAGAGGCAAGAAUGGGCCUAUA